AUGAGGAGAUUGGAGUAGACACAAUUAGAAUAAAAUUAGUAUCAAAAUCAAGAUUAAAACUCUGAGAUUAUUUUGGGGGAUUCCCCACCAGAUUAUUAAGACGAAGAAGUUCAAAUAAUAAAAUGCCCGCCAACUAAAUCUUUAGUACUCUGUAAAAAUCUCAGCAUGAAGUAAUAUAGAACACUACUCAGACCAUUUAGACAAGUCAUGCAAUUCAACCCCUAUCAGAACUUUCAUAUAUACAACAUAGGUAAGAGGCUGAGAAAUGCUUUGAAGAAAAAGAAUAAAAAUGAUCCAUACGCUGUUGUGUGCCGAAAUUUGAUGAAUGAAAUAGGCAUUCAGAAGAAGUCUCAUGGAAUCUCUAAGUAAAUAAGAGUGAUCUAGCCAAUCAGUAAUCAUAAUCUUGAAAGAUAUAUGAAAAAAAUUUAGGUUAUGAAGAAGUUGAGAGCCUUAAUGUCAAUUGAUAUUGGUAUUAUUGAAAGAAAUGCACAGGUUGAUAACUCACUAGCUUAAAUUCAGCAUAGGAUUUUUCAACCCACUCAACCUCAAGCCAUCGGAGGAUAAACUGGUAAUUAAAGAAAAGGUAGAAAACCAGAUAGUAGCAAGCAAAUUUAGAGCGAUAAAAGCAACCCUGGUGCUCCUUAAAUAACAAAUAUAACUGUUUCAAAAAGAGGACAUGCUAUAAUUUAACCAGUCAUUAAUACUAGUUUAUUUACAAAUUCUAAUCAAGUAGAGCUUGAUAAUCAGGCAGUUUAAGAGGGAUUCAAACACAUCAAGGAAUUAAUGAACAAGAACAAUUUAAAUAAUAUCAAUUAGUAAAAACCUAUAAGCAGUGUUCCGAUAUCAUAGAUCAGAAUACAGGCUCCAAAAAAACCAGAUUUGAAUAAAGCAAGACUAAAGCCUGGACCGAAACCUAAGCAUGGAGGUACUCUAAACAUGUCUUAGUCAGUUCAUAAAAUUAAAAGACCUCGUGGAAGACCUCCUUAAAGUACUCCUGGCCAUGCUAUUGGUCAUACGUCAUCAGUGAAUGACCUAUUUAAAAAUGCUAUUCAAAAUAAGGUAGCAAAUGAUGUGAAUAAUAUCAGAUAAGAAUAAUCUGGGGUUAAAAGAUCAAACAAUGUUUGUAUAUGGAGAGAUAAGUUGAAUAUAAAAUAUGACAUGGAUAUCAAGACCAUGAUUAUAAACCUCCAGAACUUCUUCAGCAAAAUGAAUAGUCUGUCUGUUGAUACAUCCAACCCUAGAGUAAUUUUAAGCGAAUCUGAGCAAGCUUAGCUUAAAUAUAAUGUUGACAAGUCAUUGAAAUGGCUUGUUGAAAAGAUCCUAAAUGCUAAAAUGCAGCCAAUUGCUAUAACUGUGAAUUCUCAGGGACAAAAUAACUAAGAUAUAAUAGAGGCCUUCUAAGAUAAGAGAUAUAUGAGUAAUAUUUUUAACAUCAUCGACAAAUAAUUGCCAUUGUAUCUCACUCCUAAAUUUUUGCAAUACUUUGAUUUCAAUGUCGCUUAGGAUAGAAAUUAUUUGAAAUAGAGGGUGAAAUUUAUGAGUGCCCAGCUAGGAUUCUAGGCAGUAACUUGCUCUAAUAAGCCAAAAGCCAAUUUCUAAUUUGUUCCAUUUAAAUGCUUAGUAGGCAAUUCCUAAUGGGUAGCAUAGAGAGAUAAGAAAUUAGGCUCUAAUUAUAAAUCACCUGAGGGGCUUGAUUUUAAUGUCGGAAUAUGCUAGUUUUAUGCUGAGUAUUGUCGCGAACUAGAUGCGAGAGGAUAACCUAUAAGUCCUUAUAAAUUAGUAAGGUUUGAAUGUACUCAUAGUCACCCUCUAACUUUGGAAUAUGAAAGAAUCUUGCUAGAAUGA